AUGUUGGCCAGAUCUGUCCUUGCUUUCCUCUUCCUCGCUCUCUGCAGCGUUGUCGCGGCCUUGCCUCCUGCGUGUCUGCUCGAGGUGGUCAGCGCCAACGGACAUCCCGGUGACUUCGACACCCUCUGCGGUUCUGGCAGUGAUGGCGUCCAGAAGGAGAUUGCCCAGAAAUGCGGGAGCAACACCAAGGAAGCCCUGCAAUCCUACAAGCAGUCUUGCGGUGAGGCCGGAUUCAAGAUCACUCUCAUUCAUGCCAACACUACUUCUUCCUCGUCGCCGUCUCAGACUUCCUCCAUCUCCGGCUCCGGCUCCAUGACCACUGGCUCGGGAACUGCUCCUACCUCCGGCUCCGGCUCCCGCCCCAGCUCUGGCUCUGGCUCCAAGCCCAGCUCCGGCAUGGGAUCGUCUCCCACCAGCACCUCGCCUCCAUACACCGAGUCCAACGUCGGCUCGCUCCAGAAGGCCGACUCGGUGUUCAUCGCCCUUGUUUUUGCCAUUGUCGGAGCCCUUGCCAUGUAG